CACACUGUCAUCUUCUACAACACUAAUUCACCAGUAAAACCCAUGGAGUUGGAUCAACGACAGUGGAUGGGCACACUUGUUUGCAUGUUCACGUAUUAGUAUUUUUGCUGAAAAAGUCACUUUUUCUUCAGUUUUCUCUGUUUCUCAUAUAAUAACCCUCAAAUUUAAUCUGAGCUUUUAUCAACAUCUACAUGAUCAGUGAAUUAAAUUUGAGAAAAUACACGAUUUACACUGAAAAAAUGCUAAAUAAGGAGGAUAAUAUUACAAUAAAUGGUGAUAAAUCACUUAACAAAAGGUUAAAUGGAGAGCAAAAAUCAUUUUCUCUACAUUCACAAAAGUAGCACUGGGUCUUUAUGGGUUAAUAGUCUAUUUUGAUUAUUGAUGAAAAAAGGCUUGUAUUUGUGUGUUUUUUCUGUAAUGUCAAAUCUCUACCACCAGAGAGAGUCUGUAGCAUUUCUUUGAGGGAAAGUGUCUACAUUUAUCCAAACGGUGUGUUUUCUCAUACCUCCUUUACUAGAUCAUGCAUUUAUUUUGUGUUGUCAUAUACAUGCACAUUAGUUCUUAAUUAAACAUUCAGCUUCAGAUGUGAUAAACUGACAUCAUUAUACUUUAAGGCUCUUUACUUGACAGAAGAAUGAAUAGGAUUUGUGGACAAACCAAAAUACAGACGUAUCUGCAUUUCUACUGAAAUUUUGCACGAGUUUAUCUUUCAUCUCAAAGGUUCCGUUGUGAGUGGGGCUUCAAACGAGAAGUCCUAUUUGUCAUUUUUUUCUAUCAUGACAGACACAGUUUAGUCUUUCACUUCUCAGAAAAAUGAAUAACACAGCCUGUCCUCGUGCCAACUUUGACUUCACCAGCAGAUUUCUGCCUCCUGUUUAUAUCUUAGUGUUCAUCAUUGGUCUGGUGGCUAAUGGAUGGGGACAGAAGACUUUGUUGCAAAACUGGAAGAAAUUGGGAAACGUCAAUGUGUUUGUUUUCAACCUCAGACUUACAGAUGUUUUGUACCUGCUCACUCUGCCAUAUCUUGUGGUGUACUACUUUAUGGAGAGUACAUGGAUCUUCGGAGACACAUUCUGCAAGAUAACAAGAUUCUGCUUCAACCUGAAUUUAAACGGCAGUAUCGGGUUUCUUACUUGUAUCAGUGUGUACAGGUACUUGGCCAUCGUCCAUCCCAUGAAGGUGAUGGGACGACUGAGUGUCACACACUCUGUGGUUAUUUCAGUCAUGGUUUGGCUGUUGGUGAGUGUUCAAAGUCUUCCAGACAUGUUCUUCACCAAAACAUAUGGAAACAAACCUGGGAAAUGUUAUGAAACCACCUCUAAGUACAACGUUGAGGAUUAUCUGAAAUACAGUCUUGGAUGGACAUUGACUGGUGUUCUUCUUAAAGGGUAA